AUGAUGUCUUCCGUUAUCCUGAAUGGAGUACUCUUCGCAACUACUGUCUGGGGUGUUCAUAAGACCCUGAAGGCAGCCUCCAUGGUACAUCAAGACAGAUCUAAAUCUCAGAGGGCUUCCACCGAGUUAGUAAUUUAUCUGAAGAUUUCUUGCGUGAUGGGCUUCACUUGGAUCCUCGGAUGCCUCGCCCAAGUCACGUCAUACCGCCCUCUGUGGUUCCUUUUCGCCAUCACCAACUCAGCACAGGGCGUCAUCAUUUUCGUAGUGUAUGCGUGCAAUGCUCGCGUGAGGGCAAUGUGGAGGCAACGACUGCGCAGGACAGAGGCCAAGAAAUCUGACUCGGCUGCUCGAACAACUAAGGCGAGCACUCCGGUCACAAAAGGUCACUCCGGAAACAAGAGGGGGCUGUGACGUCAACAGUGUUUAGUGAAGGGCAAAACCUAAUAUUAAUUUGCAUUACCCCGACGAAAUUCAUCUGAUGAAUAGUUUAAUCGCGGUACCCGCUGUACAUUGUACAUCAGAUUCGAUCCAGCCAACCGAUCCUGCAAGCUCGAUGGU